AUGCUGUGGAAGCAGAGGAAGAAGAGAGGGAAGAUAUUCCUUGUGCCCUCACAGGAGGGGCAGGAGCCACCAGAAGGUCACAGAGCAAAGAAUGAGAACUGGAUUAAAUCGCACUUUAGCCGCCUUUCCGAGGAGAAGCUGGCCUCCUGCAGCAGCAGCACCGCGCCUCCCCCUGAGAGCGGCAGUGGGAAGGCCAGCACCACGGUGCGCGUGGAGACCGUCACCACCAGGCAAGGCGAGGUGGGCACAGCCGUGCACCGGGAGGCCUUCGCCACCAAGCAGAGGUUGUCUGGCGCCUCGGUGACCAAAGAGACACACAGGGAGUCGGGCAAAUCCUCGUCCACCGACGCGGCCACGUGGGCUGCUGUGGCUGCCUGCACCAAGGAGAUUGACAACCUGGGACAGCAGCUGGCUAACUCCAUGCUGCAGCGCGCCAUGACGUACCAGAACUCAGGCCACCUGGAGUCCAAAGACAUCAACCAGGAGGAGCUGAAGGCCCUUGAGGAGGUGGAGUUGAAGCUGAAGGGGAACUUCCUCAUGCAGCGAGACACCGCGGUAGCUGGCCUGAACCACACGCACACCUUCCACGGCCAUGGUCCCCACGGCCACCAGGGUUAUCAGAGCCACCAGAGCCAUAGUCUGCCCAACCGUAGCCAGCAGACCUACCACCCCUUUGAAGCCACCUAACCACAGAUGGAGAUCCCCUUCCCCCAACAGGGCUGGCACAUGACUGCAGCCCUGUUUUCUCUCCUGCGGGGCACCCUGUGUGGCCCAGGGUGAGA